AUGCGCGUGCGCUGGACGAUCGCGGAGGGACAGGGGCGGGGGGAGGACGCGGUGGUGCCGGUGUACUCGUUCGACGGCGAAGCGCGAGGAUCGGUGGAGCUUCCGGGGCGGAUAUUUGAUCAGCCGUUGCGCGUGGACGUCGCGCACCGCGUGGUGCGGUGGCAACGCGCCAAGGCGAGGAAGGGUUUGCACAAGACGAAGUCGCGCGGGGAGGUCGCGGGGUCGACGCGGAAGGUGAGACCGCAAAAAGGGUCGGGGCGCGCGCGCGUGGGGAACCUGAAGGCGCCGCAGAUGCGAGGCGGGGGGACGGCGCACGGACCGGUGGUGCGGUCGCACGCGCACGCGCUGCCGAAAAAAGUGCGGCGAAUGGGGCUCAAGGUGGCGCUCAGCGCCAAGGCGGCGGAGGGGAAGCUCAUCGUUGUCGAUUCAUUCGCUGGGAUGGAGCCGAAAACGCGCGCGAUGAAGGCGACGCUCGAGCGGUUGACGGGCGACCUCGGCUUGGCCGCCGGCGGCGACGAGCUCGUGCGCAUGAGCGCUCGAAAUUUGCCGCACGUGGAGGUGCUGCCGCAAAUCGGCGCCAACGUGUAUAGCAUUUUGCGUCGCCGGACGCUCAUCGUCACCAAAAGCGGGCUCGAGCAGCUCAUCGCGCGAUUAGACGCGCCGAUCAAGCGAUGA